GCUGUGAACCUGCUGAGUUCAAACGAUACACGGAAAAGCAGAUCGGCUACCUUUUCAUCUCUGUGUUGGUGAACUCAAACAGUGAGCUGAUCCGCCUGAUCAACAACGCCAUCAAGAAUGACCUGGCCAGCCGCAACCCCACCUUCAUGGGCCUGGCCCUGCACUGCAUCGCCAGCGUGGGCAGCCGGGAGAUGGCCGAGGCCUUCGCCGGGGAGAUCCCUAAGGUCCUCGUAGCCGGAGACACCAUGGACAGCGUGAAGCAGAGCGCGGCCCUGUGCUUGCUGCGCCUGUACAGGACGUCCCCUGAUCUUGUCCCCAUGGGCGACUGGACGUCCCGAGUGGUGCACCUGCUCAAUGACCAGCACUUGGUAAGCGCCCUGGGCUUCGGUUCUCCCCACUCCCCAGGUGACCUUUGGGAUGGCCGUUGUGAAGACACCAUGGGGCGCCUUCUCGGGAUGCCCAGGAGAGGCUCUUGCAGGGGCUGCUGUGGCUCUGAGUGCCUUGGCCAUGGCGACCCUUCCUGGGGCUGGACGAGUAAGACUCCACCUCUGCUCAUCCUGUGGCCAGGCGUUGGCUGAAGCCCUUGUAGCACGGAGGCUCUGCAGACACCCACAACUGAGACACGUUUCCUGGAAACACCUGUGUAGUACAGGAAGCUCCUGCCUGGCGUCCUGGCUGCCUGUGCCCUCAGCUCGGCUCCCAUGUGCAGUUCACUAAUCCACAUGCCUACUCCACGGGCCAGGCCCAGCGGUCAUCCCCAUGG